AUGUCUGCCUGCAACACCUUCACUGAACACGUGUGGAAACCAGGCGAGUGCAAGAACUGUUUUAAGCCCAAGAGCCUGCACUGCCUAGCAGAGGGAGGCUCGAAGAAAGGUCCCUCUGUGCAACCUUUGGGCCAGCAGAACCACCCUCCACCUGGAGCUCGCCCCAACACAGAUAUCACCAACUGCCCCCAGCGAGGUGGCAUUUCUGCACGCUCUGGACAGUUCCGUCCUCCAGUUGCCAAAAAGCCCACCAUUGCAGUCAAGCCCACCAUGAUGCUGUCUUUGCCCUCAACUGGGUUGGAUUUGGAGGGGAACCAUCCUCGUUCUGCUGACCCAACAGAAUCAAAUAAGACCUCUGCCUUCACAGUUUGGAGCCGUGACAACUCGAACCAGAAGAAACCUGGGGGACCAAACAAUAAUGAUGGUGACAGUGCUGGAAAUGAGGUUGAGGGUUACAGACAAUGCAGCCCAAGAGUACCCAGUGGUAACAAUAACAACAACGGGCUGUCUGAUGUACUGAAAGAGAUUGCUGGCCUGGGUUCAGGCCCCAGUAUGAGCUCCAGAGAGGAUUUCCUAGACAGGAUCAGCAGUUCAUACAGACGCUCUCUUGAGAGGGGCAUGCCAGCCUCCAGCUGCCUGGCCAUUGGGAGUGGUAGUGCGGCAGCUAAGCGUGUGUCCCUUAGUGACAGCACAGAGAUUAUUAGCACCGAAGGAGGCCGCUUUUGUUACCCCAGUUUCUCAAGUGAUACGGAAGAAGAAGAUGAUGAUGAUGGUGAUGAUGAUGAUGAUGAUGAUGAUGAUGACGACGAUGAUGGUGACGAAGAACAAAGUGACCAAGAUGAUGAUGGCGAACAUGAGAGCUGGGAUGAGAGUGAUGAGGAGCUCCUGGCCAUGGAGAUCCGCAUGCGGGGACAACCUCGUUUUGCCAAUUUUCGUGCAGCCACAUUAUCACCCGUAAAUUUUACCACUGGAAAGAAGUGGAACACUGUGCCACUUCGAAACCGCUCCCUGCAGAGGAUCUGUGCUGUGGAUUAUGAUGACAGCUUUGACGACAUCUUGGAUGACUACCCAUCUAUGAAUUCUAACGGGAGCCAUGGACUCCUUCCUUAUAGCUUAAGUGGUCUGCAAGGAAGCAGAUUCCUGUCCAACUCUGAAUCUACCACUUCCCCUGAGUCCUAUUCUUCUUUACCAGAGGACUCGCGCACUUCCUCCAAUGGUAGCAGUGCCCCUUCUGGCCUACACAAUGGCCUGCACUCUCCAUCAGCCAACAGAGAGCCCACUGCUUUGUCAAGUGAUGGGAAGGAGCCACCACACAGAGCACUGAAUUCACCUAAAGCCACUGAAACCCACAAAGCUGUUCUUGCCAUUCGAUUGGAAGACAAGGAUGCCAGUUGUAGGGAGGGGGGAGUUCUUCCACAAGCUCUCCCUGGCCAGCCAAUCACCAUCAGCUUCAGCCCUACUGAAGAGCAGGCUAAGCCCUACAGAGUGGUCAACCUGGAGAAACCUCCCAUUUGUAAGCCAUACACAGUUGUUGAUGUCUCUGCCUCUAUGGCGAACACAGAAGAGCAUGGUUCUGAAAGCACUCCAACAACUAAGGGGAUUUGCACAGCAUUAAGUCCCCCACCAUAUCCUGGAGGCUCCAGAAAUCAGCCUCUGUCUAUAACUUCACCAGUGUCCCCCAAAUUUCCAGUCUCAGCCAAAUCCCCAGUUUCACCCAAAUCUCCUUCUUCAGCUGUGUUGAACACCUGUAAGAAAUCCGGAAAUAUCCGUUAUCAGGAGGUUUGGACCUCAAGCACAAGCCCUCGCCAGAAAAUUCCUAAAGUGGAACUGGUCAAUGGAGGGGCUUCUGGCUCCUCUGCGCCCCCUCGACAAUUCAGUCACAAAUCAGCACCAACCUCCCCCAUAGCAGGCCAGUCCUCUUCCCGUACAGUUCCAGUCAAGUCCCCCAAUUUGUCAGAGAUAAAGUUCAACAGCUACAACAAUGCUGGAAUGCCUCCCUUCCCUAUUAUCAUCCAUGAUGAACCUACCUAUGCCCGCAGCUCCAAGAAUGCAGUUAAGGUGCCCAUCGUAAUAAAUCCUAGCGCUUAUGACAAUCUGGCUGUGUAUAAGAGCUUUCUGGGUCUUAGUGGGGAGCUGCCACAGCCCAAGACUGGAACCAGUGGACGAGUAGUCAGCCACACGUAUGAGGAAAUUGGAUCCUCAGAGAGUGUCCAGGCCUCGCCCACUGAAAGAACUGCCUGUAGCCAGUCCACACCAGAAAAACCCAGUGUUGACAGUAGAAUAGCUUCCUCAGUAACAGCACAGAAACCCCAGGAAGUUAACACCAAAACCACUAUUGACUCAAGCACAUCAACCACUGCUUCUGCUGCUCCAACUUCUCCCACUGCAAACCCUGCUUCCUCCCCCCUGAGUGGUAGCCAGGUUAAAAGCAACACCAGCUCUGUCACACUGGUGAACAGUCAGAAACCUGGCAGUGAGGUUUGUCCCAAUGUAGAAGGAAAUGGUGAAUGCCAGUCAUCAGGCUCUGCUUUGGGCCAGCGGGAGAAAGCCAGCACUGUGCUCUCCCAGAUUGUGGCCUCCAUCCAGCCUCCUUUGUCUCCCCCAGAGUCACCCUGUAGCCAAAGUAAAGCCUGCAGUAGUGAGGAGCUCUACUCAGUCCCACCUGAUGCAACCAAGGAGACACUCAGCAGACCUAAGUCACUUUUCUCCCCUACAGAUGGUUGUCUGUCUAAACCCCGGAAAGACACUCCUUCCAAGCAGCUUCCUAAAUCCCAGAGUGCCUCUGCUGCUCUUCCCCCCACAAGCCCCAAAUCUGAGUCCAGUGCUCCUUUCCCACCACCCAGGUCCACCUCUUCCCCUUACCAUGCCAGCAAUCUGCUUCAGAGGCACUUCAGCAAUUGGGCCAAGCCAGCAAGCUCUUCACAUCCUGGGGAUGGAGAGAUCAGCCCAGGAGGCGAGGGGAGACGAUCAGAAAGUGCUAAACCCAAGCGCUGGAUUUCCUUCAAGAGUUUCUUCCGCCGGCGGAAGGACGAGGAUGAGCAAAAGGAAAGAAUAGAGCGAGAAAAGGAAAAAGGCAAGUUAGUGGGCCUUGACGGGACAGUGAUCACUAUGCUUCCACCACCACCCAUUCAGCGUCAGCACUGGUUUGCAGAGGCCAAGACUGACGAUCCUAACCAGAAACCCACGAUAAUAUUCACUUACAAGCCAGAGAAUAGCACUACUGGUGACAUGGAAGGUGAAGUGCGCAUUGAAGAGGGCAGAGACAUGGGAGAUGGGAAAAGUACUAGAUCGUUGUCCUCAGGGCAGUCAACCACAAACCCCUGCUCCAAUGGGGAGUUGUGUAAGCCAGUACACCAGGUACCUUCUCAGGCAGCUGGAACAGAAACACCUACCACUACUUCACUGCCUGCCAAACUCGACCUGUCUACGUCAGGGCUGCCAGCCAGCUCCACUACCCAUGCAGCAGCACCCAGUGAAGGCAGUGUCAGCCUGGGUGAGCCUGAGGAGGGGGGCAGCCACUCUCACUCACCAGCCUCCAGCUCAUGCAGCGCCACCUAUACUAACCUUGGUCAGUCCCGAGCCAACAUGAUCCCACAGAAGCACCCCAGGAACCUGAAAACCUCCGAAGAUCCUCUGGCUUUGGCUGAGCUAGACUCCAAAGCCACACCACCCCCUUUGCCUAAGAAAGUUGUGGGUCGCUCCAACACAGAGCCCUCUGCACUGGGCAAAGAGCUGCUCUCACUGCGUCCCAAAGGUGAGGCCAAGCCCGGGGGCACGAAUCUGAGUGUGGCCAAUCCACUUUACGACCUUGACUCCACCUGGGAGACAGCCAGUCAAAGCUCGUCACUCAGCUCAGAAGCUAGGCUACUGGACCAAGAAUCUGGUGACUCUCUGGAAAGGCCAGCAGCAGCAGGAGGAGUUAAGGGUAGUCGGCCAGCUAAUAGUCUUUCCUGUUUGGCAUCCAGCGGUGGUGCUGCUACGGUGGGCCGGGAGCGCAGGGGUUGUCGCAGUGCAGAGUCCCUGGCGGGUCGGGCACGUACCACGGGCAGAGGCGGCGGGAGUACUGCCAAGACUCAGAGGCCAGCUCUCUAUAAGGGCAUGGACAGCUGGGAGGAGGUAGUGGGCCGCAUCCGUGGCCUACACACAGACACCUUGCGCAAGUUGGCAGCAAAGUGCGAGGACCGUUUUAUGGCUGGGCAGAAGGACCACCUUCGCUUUGACACUGACAGCUGGUCACACUUCAGACUGACCACAGGGAAGCCUUGCUGUGAGGCAGGAGAUGCAGUGUAUUACACAGCCUCGUAUGCUAAGGACCCACUAGUAAACUACGCCAUUAAGAUCUGCAGGUAUAAAGUUAAGGAAACCCAGCAGCAGUUUUUUCACAGUCUCGCUGUGCGACAGAGCCUUGCCGUUCAUUUUAACAUCCAGCAGGACUGUGGCCACUUCCUCGCCGACGUGCCUGUGCGCCUGCUGCCCUGGGAGGAAGAGAAGAGUGAUGACGAAGGUGAAGAUGAGAAAGGAAGGAAAGAGGAAAAGCCAACCAAAGAGGAAGCAAAAAGUCAGGAUGUACAGACCCAGCUGGAGACUGCGGCUCAGAAAGGGCAGUCAGCACCGAUGCAGGCGAGUGGUCAAGGAAAGCUGCUAAGUCGAGUGGUGGUGAUCACACGUGAGGUACCCUUUCAGACGGUGGCAGAUUUUGUGCGGGAGGGGGUGACGAGACAUGCCCGCAAUCCAGAGCUGUAUGAGCGUCAGGUAUGCCUGCUCCUGUUGCAGCUAUGUUCAGGCCUGGAGCACAUGAAGCCCUAUCAUGUAACACACUGUGACCUACGUCUUGAAAACCUUCUGAUGGUUCACUGCCACCCAGGAAACCCUUGGAAUCUGGACAUCCCAGAGCCCAACAACAACUCCUCCACCUCCUCAGGUGCCUACUCCACGGUGGCAGCGGCAGCCAACUCAGCCUGCCCUGCCCGUCUCAUCAUCAGCAACUUCUCACAGGCCAAGCAGAAGAACAUGCUGGUCGACGCCGAGACAUUACGUGACCAGUCACGGCUGGCGCCUGAGCUUCUGACCACCACGCAGUACCGCAAAUGUGAUGAGUUCCAGACAGGUAUUCUUAUCUAUGAGAUGCUCCACCAACCCAACCCUUUUGAAGAAGCUCCUGAGCUGAAAGAGCGUGAGUACACUUGGGCCGACCUGCCUCCGCUGCCCAACCGCUCCCUGUAUUCCCAGGGCCUGCAGCGGCUCGCUGGCCUCCUGCUCAAUGUUAAUCCCUCUGAACGGAUCCAGAUGGCUGAGGCUCGAGCCUGCCUGCAGUGCCUCCUAUGGGGACCACGUGAGGACCUCUUCCAGGCACUAAACUCUAGCUCUGAGUCCAGCUCUGGUCCUGGUCAAGAAGCCAUGCUGCAGAACUGGCUUGAUCUGAAACGGACACUGCUCAUGAUCAAGUUUGCAGAGCGCUCUCUUGAUUCAGGAUGUGGAGUGAGCCUGGAAGACUGGCUCUGCUGCCAGUACCUAGCCUUCGCUACCCCUGACUCCCUCAGCCGGGUCAUUCGCAUCCUGCAGCAGUCCCAAAACCAACCUCUGCUUCUCUGA